AUGACCAAAUCAUCCUCUCAGACAAAAUAUAUCUCUUCUAUUUCAGUUUUGCCAGAUGACCUCCUCCUUGUCAUCUUUCACGCAGUCGCAGACGACAUCUACGGCACUGACGGGCAGCUGCGCCUCGAUUGCGUGGCGCUCGCAAGUGUUUGUCGUGGAUGGCGGUCCCUUGUUCUCAGUACCUCUCGUUUCUGGACGCGCCUGCAUAUGAUGACAAAGUUCGGCGCCCUUUCCAAGGAACAUCUCGAAAUGCAUGUCACGAGAUCCGCAAAUGCGCUCGUUGACGUCGUCAUAUAUAUUGCAAGGCCUCCGGACCCAUGGGGUCAAGCUGCUUGGACUCUAGUCUUUGACGGAGCCAAGGUAUGCCUUCAAGUCCUGCGGGAGUGUAGCCACAGAUGGAGGAGCCUCAAAAUUAUUAAUGAGAUCGACAAUCACUCGGGCCUUUUCGGCUGUGUUCUGUCAGAGCUGGGUCUCCCUCACGCACCAGCACUGAAAAAUAUAGAGAUUAUCUGUCACAGCAGCGGUUGGAUCACUUCAUUGAAGGAAUCCUUCCAGUUUCUAUCGACCACGUACACUCCCUCACUGAAGAUGUUGAAAUUGGAGGGAUGUGACUCAAGCAUACUGCCUGAGCAGUUCGAUGCAUCAUCCCUGAGACAUGUCAGCCUCAAGUUCUUGCGUCAAUUUAGCCACACUCCUCCAAACAGUCUCGAUGUCUUUCGCAACUUCCUGUCAUGUGCACGGAAUCUCGUUUCUCUUGAGGUGCACCGACGGGUCUUUUUUGUGGAGCACGCAAAAACAGACAACGAAGUAGAUCCCAUCAUACUUCCUGCCCUCCGAACUCUCCACAUCAUUAUGGGCGCAGAGAAGCCAGCCUAUCUCAGCGGCAUCCUCGGGAACAUUACUGCCCCGAAUUUAUGUCACCUCGCUAUCCACGGUGAUUCGCUGGCAUGGGAGGAAAGUAGUCUUAUCGACUUUUCCUCGCCAGCAUUCUUCCUCCGGCAGGACGAGGUACCGAAGUUCCCGACUGUGUGCCAGCUGACAAUGAAGAACAUGCUCCAGUCGGUCUAUGGGCCCGGGAAGAAUUUGCACUCUAUCUUCACCGCGCUCCCUCAUGUGACAGAAGUUGUACUUGACCAUGAUGUUAGGGAGAUCGCCAAUUCCCUCGUAAUGGAAUUGUACGAUAAGAAAGUGCCGCCACUAUGGCCGUACCUGCGGCAGCUCACAAUCGAAAUGACACCCACGACAACAUUCCACUACCUCCCGCAGCUCUGCGAGUGGCUGCGUCUCCGGCGCGCGAGUGGGCUGUCGCUGCCUGCGGUGACCAUCCGCUACGGGCUCCAGCGAGCUGGGGUGAAGAAGGACGCAAGGGAUUUGAUGAUCAUUAGGAAAAUUGUAAAUGAUGCGACGGGGUACCGCGCAUCUGAUACGAGAGAGGUAGUGAAACAGCUUGGAAAACUAGAUGCGUUGGUGGAUCUGAGGGUUGACUCAUGGAUCUAUGACUGA